AUGCUUGUGGGUUAUUGGUCGGGCACGCAAGCGAAUUUGGGAGACCUGGGUUGUUCACUAGCCGUGGUCCGUAUAGAGGGCUACCGCUCGGGGUUAGGUAUGAGCAUUAGGUUAGAGAGUGAGGUUAUUCAUUUGGCGUGGUCCGACGUGAGGGUCUACUACUCGAGGUUGGGUGCGAGCUUUAGGCUGAAGAGUAGAGGUUGUUUGGGGUUAGGUGUGCACGCAAAGGCUUAUAGGUGUGAGGGAUGUAGGGCAUGUAUAGAUGGUCGUGGGCGAGAACAAGUCAGGCAUGGAGGGGAUAAGGUCGUUAUAUAG